AUGAAUAUCAGACAAUUAGAUAAUAUUGUUUCUUGGUUACUCUAAAAAUUUAAAUAUGCUCCUUAUCGAUGGAAUGAACAGCAAGUUCAUUAUUUUUGUGAGUUUGUUGGAUUAACUUGGGCAAUUCCAAUUGUCACAAUUCAAACCAUUCCCAAAUAAAGAUCAUAAAACUACUAAUAAGAAGUGCCAACUGAUGGAUAAAAGUUUUAAAUUCCUUUACUCGAUAUUUGUACUAAACAAUAUGAACAGAUUUUGGAAGUAUGUACCUCCUAAGGUUUAUUCAAGAUGAUUAGUCAUUCAAUCGACAUAAAUCUUUACUAUUAGAUAUAAAAAUUAAAGAUUUGGUCUCUUAUAUUAUUAAAAUAUCAGAAUUACAGAGAAAUUUUGAAAAAGCUGUAUGGAUCAAAAUUAUUUUUUUAAUAAAAAUGCAAAACUUGCACAGCAGAAAUAAGUUGCUCGUGCUCAGUUCUCUCCAAUAUCAUAUAUGAAAUAGAGAUUUAUAUUAAAAGUAUAUAUGAAAUGAAAAGCCUCUAGAAUCAUAAUAGAAAAUCAUCCAUGUUUAUUAGUUCAGAUAUUAUAAAUCUUUUGUUAAAAUCCAUAUCUCAUCUACCUUAAAUUGAUUAAUCACCUUUGUUUUGGGAUAUGGAUGACAUCAAAGCCUUAUUGUAUGUAAUCAAAUUUUAAGAUUAUUACUAACUUCUUUAUCAGAAUUAGAUAGAUGGAUUUGUGUUGCUAUUGUUAGUGAAUCCUCCUUUUAAAGGCGAGGAUCUAUUUCUUAAAUGUUUACUUUUAAGUUAGGAAGGCUCUCAAAAGACUUAAAAUAACUUAGUACGCAAUAGAUCAAGCAUGGUGAGAAAUACAAUGUAGACUGCUAGUAAGUACCAUUAAAUAAAUUAAUUGGUUAAUCUACUACAUUAUUUGUUGUUAAUAUUGAGUUUUACUGCAUAUAAAAAUCAAGAGUCUUAUAAUGAAUAUAGAAAUAUUGGAUAGAGAAAGGUGAGUGAGAUAAAGUGGUUAUCAUUAUACUACUUCUCAAAAGCAGCCAGAACAUUAUAAUUAAAUAGAAGUAUUUCAUUGCUUAGUGAAUCAAGAAGCUCAUCAAAGUCUCUUGAACACAGAUUUUAAUAGUCAAAUAUGUAGAGACAUAAAACAGAAAUGAUAGAUAUUAAAAUGAUGGUGAUUGAAGAAAAUCUAGAUGCUAAUAAAAAGAAGUAAUUUAGUCAUCCAAAUGUGACUUAAUCUGCUAAAUCUUCUCCACAAUCCUAAAGAAAUAAUUAGUGGAUGCAACUUAAGAAUUAUAAUACAAAAAAAAGUAUUAUAGGAAAUUAAGUUAAUAAUGAUUUAAAAGAGUCAAUUUUGAUUUAGGAUUAAGAUUAAGAUUAUAUUGAUGAAUAAGAUAGAGAUCUAUAAUAUACAGAAACCAAUGUUUAAAUAGAAGAGGACAUAGAUUCGAUUGAAAAUGUUAAUUAAUCUUAAGAGGAGCAAAUUCAAUAAUUGCCAAAUAAGGAGGAGGACAUUGGAUAGGAUCAACAGAUGUAAUAAUCUGUUCUUAUGAUAUAAUCGUAUUUAUAAUAAUAACAAUAAUAAUAAUAAUAAUAAUAAUAAUAACAAUAACAAUAAUAAUCAUAGAUAAUGUAAGAAUCUGUAUUUAUGGGAUAAUCUGCUAUGUUACAAUAAUCAACAAUUUUGUAAUAAUCUUAACUCUUAUAACAAUCACAAAUAUUAAAUAAAUCAAUUCAAAUUAACUAAAUUAUUGAGGAAUAGGAUCAUAAAAGAAUACAACAGCCAUAAUCUUUCAAAGAAGAAAUAUUAUAAAGAUUAUCAGUAUUAAGUUUAACACCAAUUUUUGAUCCAUUUCAAUUGUUUUAAUCAACUCAUUUAAAAUUAAAAUGUGAUGAACAAUAAAAGCUUAAGAUAGUCAAUAUCCAAGGUGCCUAUUUUGGUAGAAGUGAUGAAUGCACCUUUGCAUUCACUGACCAUUCAAAAAUUAGUAGUAAGCAUUGCCAAAUACUCUAUAAAGAAAAAGCCUUUUACUUAUUGGAUGUAGGUUCAAAAGGAGGAACCUUUAUCAAAAUAAAUCAUAACUUUGUGAUAGAAAAAAACAUGUCAUUUUAUAUUGGAAAUAGAUUUGCAUUUAAAAUAUUAGAAAUAAAUACUGAAACAGGUUUCUUAGAAGUGAGAUAUGAACAUGAAGGAGCAGCAAAGCAUAAGCAAAUUUAUUUAAAAAAGGGAGACAAGUUUUUGAUUGGAAGAGAAAAAUCUAAAAACAAUUUUACAUUUAUGCAUUCUCAAUGCAACAAAUUAAUGAGUGCAAGGCAUUUAGAAAUUAAUUAUGAGUAUAAUUUUAAGAUUGGGUCUGUAAAACUAAUGAUUAAUGAUCUAGAGAGUAAAAAUGGAACAUGGCUGAGAUUAAGUGAAAAAUAGCUAAAUAGUUCCCCUUUUUAAUUACAAUAAGGAUCUAAAUUUAAUUUAUCAUUUGAAAUUAUAUUCGAUGUAGUUGAAUUAGUUUGUGACGUCUGA